AAAAAACGAUGAAUUAAUCAUGAUUCAAGGUGUGAGCUUGGGAGUUGAGCUGAGGUUACAAUAGUCUAGCUAUAUGUUGGUCAUAGCCUGCAUAGUUUCAUCUCCAGUUGUAAUUAUGCUGUUCGUAUAAAUACUGUGUUGACUUUGAUUCAUCCACCCACACUCUGUCGUGAUUUCUCAAGAGGGUGGCAACGUGUUAAUACCUGACACGCAAAUUUUCCACAAAGACAAGGCCAGAAGGAUACCAUCCUCACCGUUUUGCCUUUAGUGAAGCGAAGGAAGCUAAACUUAUUAAACCCAGACGACAGAGACUACACUUGCGAUAAAGUAUCAAAGUUACAGACUAAUUAGGUCAGGAAAGAUCAUUUGACAGAUCCGUUGUACGAUGUAUUUUUCCCUUCAAAAGCCCGAAGUCCAUUUAUAGAAGUUUGCGCAUGACUGCUUGGACAACAAACAACAAGAUGCUGAGAGAUAACAGCGCUUUGACUUUUAUGUCCACCAAAAACUUUUGCAUAGCUGUCUUUGGCAUUGUCCUUUUCAUAGGUUCUUGUGAAAGCAUAAAAAAAGAUCCUCCUAAACGAUGUGAUUUCAACGGUGUUCACUACAACUUAGGAGACACUUGGAAUCCUUUCCUGUUGCCAAGUGGUUACUUCCGGUGCAUAAAAUGUGCCUGCAAAUUGUCAGACGAUGGUUCGUUGGCGAUAAUAGACUGUUCGCAAUGUAGGACGCAAUCGAAUCCAGCCCUUCCUUCGACAAAGGAGCAACAGAGGAGUUGUACUUAUAAAAAUGUUUCAUGGAAUCACGGUGUGGUGUGGAAAGACGAUUCCAAGAUUCUACCGAAUGAUAAACAGUGUAAAGAGUGUAGCUGUACGGACGGAUAUGUCACCUGCGCCAUCAGAACUUGCCCAGUCCUUACCUGUCAGAAUCAAACAGCUGGACAAGGAUCUUGUUGUCCUGUUUGUGCAGACCACUUGCAGACUCUUCGGUCUCCCAUGGGGUGCGAUAUGAUGAAUAGAUAUUACAAUCACGAGGAAACCUGGCACCCAGAAUGGCCCCAGACAAAUGAUCGUUACCCCUGCAUCACAUGCAGUUGUCAGAACUCUUCAGUAAAUUGCAAUAAGACCGUCUGUCCUGCGUUAACCUGUAGAAAUCCUCAGCCGAAACCAGGGGAGUGUUGCUAUUCCUGUCCAGAGCCAGGAAUACCAAAGCCCCCUGCUGACUGUAAGUGGGGAGGAUUAACGAUUGCUCACAAUACUUCAUUUUUUCCACCAACUCUUGGUGCAUUUUCAAAUUGCAUCUCCUGCUUCUGCAAUAACUCUAAGUUAGUCGAUUGUAAGCGUGUUACAUGUCCGACUCUCAAUUGCAACGACACUUUUAAACCCCCUGGGAAGUGCUGCCUGGAAUGUAGAGUUACGACAGAAAAGAAAGACAACGUGCAUUCACAUGGAAAUGGACUUUGCAAUGUUGGAAAAUCCCGGCGCCUCUAUGAAUAUCAAUUCCCAACGCAAAGAAACUCUAACUACAAGGUACAAGUUGCUUUGGUGGAUAACGCCAAUAAUUUUGCGCAGAUUUACUUCACCUCUGCAAACAGGACAUGGAAGAAUCCGCCCACUGUCACAAACACAACCAAGAGUAACUUCGAUUCCAUCCUAAGACAGAGCAAUAGGUACAAGUACAUUGGCAAGAUAAAGGAGGGUAAGAAAGGGAUCAGGAUCAUGAGUCGACUUCAGCGUCCAUGUGGUAGCCAGGGAUGCAUCCAUACACUGCAAAAGAUAAUGGAGCGACUCCGUGAACGAACUAAAUGCUCCCCGAUGGUCAUGGCUACACCACCUCAAACGAAACACACUACCAUAGCUCCACCACCUCACAAAAUUCUCAAGCAGGAGACAGACCCCUAAAACUUCCUGAGAUUUUUUACGAGACGAAAAACAUUUAGUAUGUUUGAAGGAACGCCAGGACUGUUUCCGGCCCAAAUGGUUCUUGUCUUUUAGCUACGCCAUCAGUAGAAUUCUUUGAUGUAGAUGUCACGCACUUCGUCGGCGAAGUCGAGCGUGAGGAGAUGAACGGGUCAUAGUCAUUGCCAGGGGAUUUAUAGUUUGGAGACUCUACCUUAGACUUGAAUUGAAAGUAGUGAAUAAAAUUUUGAAUUGGGCUUGUUGAA